AAUUUUUAAUGGCUCAUACAUGAAUGAAAUCAACAACGUGGGAAUAAAGAAGCUCCACGUGAACACAUGAUGGAAGAAAUGUGUGCUGCUCAAAGAAGAAAAAAUAAGCAUCCAUGCAUAAACAAAUACAUUUACUCAGACCAACUGUACAUACAUGUACUCUACACAUCUGUAUGUUAUGCAUUAUGCAAUGCUUUCCAUACUCACACCUCAUUAAUGUUUAAUUAUGUUCCACAUUAUAUUUGUACUUGUUUUCAUAACGUUGAGACUAUUCUAUUACUCGUAUUUCCUUAUUAGGGGUUUAGUUUGUUUAUCAAUCACACUAGAAUCUAUUUGGUGGAGUGCAACUCUUGAUUCGAAACUCACAACUGAGUCCCGACUGCUUCAUAAGAGUGAACUUUUGUUUCAGGACAAUUUGGUCCCUCACUCAAAAGGACGUUUGCCAAAAAAAAAAGAAAAAAAAAAAAAGACCCCACCUCCUCCCUCCAUUUGGCAGAAAAUCAUUGCUUGUGUCUUUAUCCUCCAUCCGCGCUCCCGUCUCCUCGAAGCGCGCGCGAGGAUUUCCUGGUGCGCGCUCCUUGGCACGGCGCCGCGCACUCCAGCGCCUGUGUGUAGUAACCCAGAGCAGCAGAGCUCUCAGAUAGACAUGGCGGCGGAUCCUAAGCCGGACUGGCUCUCCUGCCUUCCCUCUUCUUGGAGUUAUGGGGUGACUCGGGAUGGACGCAUAUUCUUCAUCAACGAAGAAGCGAAGAGUACAACCUGGUUGCAUCCUGUUACUGGAGAAGCUGUGAUCACUGGGCACAGAAAAACUCCAGAUUUACCAACAGGAUGGGAGGAAGGAUACACAUUCGAGGGGGCUCGCUGCUUCAUCAAUCACAAUGAGCGAAAGGUGACCUGCAAGCACCCGGUGUCAGGAGUCCCCUCCCAAGACAACUGCAUCUUUGUUGUAAACGAACAUGUGAGUUGUGGAAAGCUUGUCCACCCUGACAGGCCCGUAGAGGCUCCCACCAGGCCAGCUCCUAAGACUUCGUCAGAGCAGGACAGCAGCAGUGAGAAGAAGGAACGUCCCAUGAGCACCAUGAGCGAGGCUUCAAACUACACAGGUGGCUCCGACUACAGCACCUUUCCUGGCAGCCCCACCACCACGGUCACGACAGCCACCACCACCACCUGUACAUCAUCCACACGGCCGUCUAGGUCUUCCAAAAAAAUUCACAACUUUGGCAAGAGGUCCAACUCCAUCAAGAGGAACCCCAACGCCCCUGUGGUCAAGAGCAACUGGCUGUACAAACAGGACAGCACGGGCAUGAAGCUGUGGAAGAAGAGGUGGUUCGCGCUGUCCGACAUGUGCCUCUUCUACUACCGUGAUGAGAAAGAGGACAGCAUCCUGGGAAGUAUCCUGCUGCCCAGCUUUCACAUCUCCAUGUUGUCCGUGGACGACCACAUCAGCAGGAAAUACGCCUUUAAGGCUACUCAUCCCAACAUGCGGACGUAUUAUUUCUGCACCGACACAGCCAAAGAGAUGGAGUCCUGGAUGAAAGUCAUGACGGAUGCUGCCCUCGUCCACUCUGAACCAGUCAGAAGAUCGGACAAGUUGAAAGUGGACCAGCGAGCACCUCAGGAGUUGAACAACUUACUAAACCACAGAGUUUUAACUCGGCCUGAGAUUCAGAACAACGAACGCAACCGAGAACCCGUGCGGCAACACUCCCUCUCUCAGGCCGACGACAAAUGGCAAAAAGACGUAGAGAAACACAACGGCCAGAGGGAACGUGAAUACUACACCUUACAGAGAGAUGGUGAGAGGUACUCGCUAAAGAAAGAUGGGGUGAGUUAUAUGCUUCAGAAGGAUGGAGAGAAGUUUCUCCUGCAUAAGGAUGGAGAGAAGUACUUGCUGCGAAAAGACGGCGAGAAAUACUCACUGCAGAAAGAUGGAGAGGUAUACACCAUUCACAGGGAUCUGGAGAAGUACGCUGUACAGAAGGUGGGUGAAAAGUACACGGUGGCAUCAACAGAGGAGAAAUAUGCUCCACCGAAAGACGGGGAGAAGUAUUUGCUUACGAAGGAUGGAGAAAAAUAUGCACUGCAGAAAGUCGGCGACAGGCACACGCUGAAAAAAGAAGGACAGAAAUAUGUUCCUCAAAAGGAAGUGAAGAGACAGCUGUCACUAAAGGAGACCGACAGGUACGCCACAAUGCGGGAGAUGGAGAAUAAAUAUGGUACCAUACAUGUUAUGGACAAAUACGGCACUAUGAGGGCAGUGAAGAAAUACAGUACACUACGAGAAGGAGAUAAAUAUGCUACUCUCCGAGAAGCAGAGAAGUAUGCUACAGUCCGUGACAGUGAUAAAUAUGGCUUCCAGAGGGACCCAAGCGGAGAGAGGUCUCUGACUAAAAUCAGCAGCAUCAAGUUGCAGCCGGCUCAAGCUGCCGCCAUCGCAGCGGCUGUGUCUGAAUCUCGCCAGGCCAACCUGAAUGUCCAAAAGCCCACGAAGGUUAACAGCUUGGGGCCCGUGGCAGGGGAGCAGACUGCGGACUGCACCGCGGCAGAUGUGGAUGGCAGCGUUGCCAGGGUUCCAAUAAAGUCCCCUGUCCCAGUGCCGGAGCCAGAGAAGGGCCUGUCCAGGACAAACUCCAUGCAGCAGCUGGAGCACUGGGUCCGCACACACAGAUCAAGAGGACUGGAUGAUGACACCAGGAGCAUUACAUCCUACCAGACCUUACCAAGGAACAUGCCCAGCCACCGUGCUCAACUCGUGCCCCGCUACCCAGAGGGCUACCGCACACUGCCCAGGAACAGCAUGAUGAGGCCCGAAAGCAUAUGCAGCAUGGCGGGUUCUGUGUACGACCGCGCACUCCGUCCCGCUUCUACCACCAGUGUCACCACAGCAGAGAAGAGGAGGUCUAUGAGGGAUGACACUAUGUGGCAGCUGUAUGAGUGGCAGCAGAGACAGGCUUUCUCCAGGCAAAGUCUUGCUCAGCCAACAGCCGUGGGUCAUUAUGGAACCCUGCCCAGCACAAAGACUAUGGGCAACAUCUCUGAACAUGCUGUGGCGCAGUCGAUCCCCAGCUCACCAUCUCAUGGCUCCUUGGCUCUCUACAGCACCUUCUCUGCUCCUCAUCAGCAGGUUGCUCACAACCCCAGCAACUCCUUCUCUGAGGUGACCUCACCCGUGAUCAGAGGGGAUGGGACACUGGACCGCCGGCAGAGGACACAUCUCGCCAAGUGCGGGUACCCAGCUGACCGGCGAUCGAUUGCAGCCGGCGUCCCUCCUCAGACCAUCACCCCACAGUCGCUGCAAGGCAAGACGCCCGAGGAGUUAACACUACUGCUGAUCAAGCUCCGCCGGCAGCAGGCGGAGCUCAACAGCCUGCGGGAGCACACAGUAACUCAGCUUAUGGCCCUUGGUAUGGAGGGGCCCAACGCCAAGACUGAUGUUCUUUCUCAUCACCUCCAGAGGAACCUUAUUUACCUGGACAGCCAGACGAAGGAGAAUGAGCCUCUAAUCUUCAUGAUUCAUACUAUGAUCGAGAACUCGGCACCGAGGCCACAACUCUACCAGCAAGUAAGCCCGGACGACUUUAAGGACAGCUCCUUCAGCCAGCGCACAGAGGAGGCUGACGUGGACACCAAGCUGAGCAGACUGUGCGAGCAGGACAAGGCGGUGAGGAUGCAGGAGGAGAAAAUGCAGCAGUUGCACAGAGAGAAGCACACUCUGGAGACGGCCCUGCUGUCAGCCAGUCAGGAGCUGAGUGAACAGAGCGGCUCCAGUGCUGCAGCCACACAGAGCCUGGUCCAGCAGAGAGACGUGCUGCAGGGCGGCCUCCUGAGCACCUGCAGAGAGCUGUCCAGAGUCAGCACUGAGUUGGAACGCUCCUGGAGGGAUUAUGACAGGCUGGAGGCAGACGUCACUCAGGCUAAGUCCAACCUGCUCGAGCAGCUGGAAGCCCUGGGCAGCCCACAGACAGAGCCUCCAAGCCAGCGGCACAUCCAGAUUCAGAAGGAGCUGUGGAGGAUCCAGGACGUAAUGGAGGCUCUGGCCAAAAACAAACCACAGCGGUGCACAGACAACACAGAUUUUCCUGGCUCUAAACCUCUCUCCAGUGUCCAGAAGAAUGAACAAGCUCCAGACUAUCGUCUGUAUAAGAGUGAACCUGAGCUGACAACCGUCAAAGAGGAAGUGGAUGAGGCCAACGGUGAGGACAAGGACAAGACAGAGACCUCUGCAGAGAGUAAAGACACUGCAUCCUCAAAAGUGCCCCCCUACCCGGUGGGCAUUGUCCCUCCCAGGACCAAAUCUCCCAUGAGCCCUCCUGAGUCGUCCACCAUCGCCUCCUACGUCACCUUGAGGAAGACCAAGAAGCCAGAGUCCAGAUCAGACCGUCCCAGAAGUGCAGCGGAUCAGCCGGGCUACGGGGAGCGAGAGGUGGGCAGAACGAGGAUGAGUGUGGAGGAACAGCUGGAGAGGAUGAGGAGAAACCAGGAGGCCUCAUCGCUCCGAGAGAAGAAGAGGGAAACCCCAUCCCGCUCCCCCUCCUUCAGCAAAGACAACCCUUUUGUUAUCCAGCAGACCCGCGCCCAGGCAGAGGGUGCCUGUGCAGACCCUGUGGAACUGGAGGCAGCACUGCAGCAGCUGAAGGUGGCCGCUGAGGCUGCUGGGACUCACGCAGACAGAGCUCUGACGGCACCAGAGAUUCACAUGGAGGUGCAGAGAGAGGAGGAGGUGAAAAAUGACAAAUGUGAGGAGAUACAGCAGAGCAGGACUGUGACCCUGCUCAGUGUGAAGGAGCAGCAGGCUGAGACCAACAGCAUAGACAAUGAGAUGUGUGAAAGUCAGAGGGUGGUGAUUCUGGACCUGGGCACUGAACCUCAGCAUGUGGAGAUAGUAAAUCUCGAGCCCUUUGAGGAUGACGAAAGCAGGAAGCAAGAUCUGACGAGCUCACCUACAAACACCACCACGGAAAACAGCCUCCACACCCCUGAGCCUGAAAUGGCCAGUCCAGAGCCCAAAGACGAGGAGGGGAACCUGACAUCACAAACCACCAGAGAGCAGAAGCUGGAGAGGAGCCUGGACUCUUACAACCAGCUCACAGCAGACAACAAGAAACACAACAACAACAACAUGCUGGCCUCGCAGACAUUCACCUUGGUGAGCAGCGACACGUGAGCAACACCGGCCUUGAUCUCCACACUGGCCUCCCGUAGAGCCCAAAUGUAGCCAGCCCGCACAGAGCAUGCUCCACGGCUUCUGACGACAGAACUACUUUGUUACUACUGUUACAUGCCCACAAGGAGACUGAGACUGGCAGCCCUGCUAACAGACUGGACCACACACAGAUGGACCACCCCUCUCAUCCAGACAGAGAGAAAGGCAGAUGUACUGCAUCUUUAGCACCUAUUAGAUCUGUCCAUACUGACGUGUCCUGAAGCUGAGCAUUCGUUCCAUGUUGUCCCAAAACAUUUCUGCAUAGAUGUAAGAUUGUGAAAUGGUUUUUGUUAUUUGAAAGGUUCAUGGUUACAACUUCUUCAUUAUGCCUGAUGACGACGUCUGACGGUGAAAAAACUAACAACUAUGAAAAAUGCUUUUGCUGCAAAAUGAGUCACCAUCUAUGGCGUAACAGGUAAAAGGUCCAUUACUGAAAAAAGAAGGUUUGGAGGAUUAACUUGACUAUCAACUGAUUCAUUUAACUUCGUCCUAACUUGACCAACACAAUAGUCAUACCUAAUUAUUACCAGUUAUGAACACUGGUAAUAAUUGAACAAGUUGUGUUUAUUGUACAGAGAUACUGCAGCACUGGGUGGGACUUACUGAUCACCAGUCCCGUGUGUCACGAACACUCCUUUCCACACUGGUUCACACCUGGAGGCCAGUAAUUUCCAAGUUGGAGUUGUUUGGCUCAACGCCCCCUCGGUAGUAGUAAUGAGGGUGUGUGUACUGUGCACAACUGGCUCCUAUUGAAAGGAACCUGUUGAGGUGGUUCGGGCAUGUGGCAAGGGCACACCAUGGACACCAGUCUUCAACAGCUCUCUAGGCACGUCCCAACUCAUUACGCCAUUAGGUUGCAGUACACACAAGGGAACGGUUAAUCACUGCAACACUGUUAUUUUCUAUUUCUGUGAUCUAGGGCCUGAAACAAGCCAUUGGCAAACGUAGUUAGAGUGCGUUAUUUAUUUCCUUCUGUUUUACUGGUGGAUGCAGUUAUUGCUGCAACCUACUGGGGAACUGUAAGAGGAAUUUACCUAUAAAGUAUCCAGCAGAAGAGUGCAAUAUUCAAACAUGGUUUUAAAUUGUUCAACAGUGUAAAGAAAAAUGGAGAACAGGUUGUCAGUCUUUCCCAUCCCUGGGUCAGCUAGUCCAUCGUCGUCUGUGGUCACAGACACUUAUUUUUUUAUUUAUCUUUAAUUCAUCUUUAAAGAACUAUAAAUAUAAAGAACUAAACUAUUUCACAAUCUUGACUGUAUGUAUGGUUUGUUUUGGGGUCAUAUAGCUCUAUAGAACCAUGUUGCCAAAUACAUACACACGUCAAUAUACAUAACUUUUGAUACCUUGCUAAGUAUUAAAGUCAUUUUAACGUGAGUAUUUAAAAUGAGAAUAUUUUACUGAUGUGGAGGAGGGGAUGCUGGCUGGUACCGAGUUGCUAGAGGGGACUGUAUAGCUGUAUAUAGGAGCACUUGAGUCAUCUCACCGCAGAUGGGCUAAGCACCAAAACUCGACACACAUGCAGUGCUUUACUUUAACCCCAAAGUGAUCGCUGAUGGUCUUUGAUUUUCACCUACUCUGAUUUCAAUUCUUUGUGUUGAUUUGAGACCAGAGGCUCCCUUAUCGCUCUAUUUUCACAUCCUUUGCACCUGCAUAGUAACAGAUUGUCCUUUAUUGAUUAUACAUAUAUAAAUAUAUAAAAAGUAUAUAAAGAAACUGAAAGCAGGUUUUUACUUCAACAAGGUGCCACUUUGUGCUGCUGUUUUUCUCUUUUUUUGGACACAACUAUGUAUCUUGCAGAAGUCUGUCUCUUUGUUUUUUCUCUGUUUGGUUUACAUCACUUAGCGGAUCUACAGUGAAGAGGCUGAGGGACAUGACGCAGAUCAGACGCUUUGGGUUGGAAUCUCUGUGGUGGUGAAGGAUCGCAGAAUAGCACAUGUACGAAGCAAUAAGAAGAACUUUGGAGCUCCAGGACAUAAAAAGAAAUUUAAAAAGAGAUGUAUAAAAUGUAAAAACAAAAUAAAUAAAGCAAGAUAGAAUAAUUUAUGUACACACUGAAAAGAAGAGCAAAUAUUAUAACUAUAAGAGGUUAUUAUUAAUAUUAUUAGGGUCAAUAUGCAAAAAGUUCAUACCCAUCUGUUUUAUAUCAUGUGAAAUAAAUGUUGAUGUUCUUAAAUUGUUGUAAUUGUUCUCUUGUCAAC